GGAGCUCGUCCCUCCACGUACUUGUCAUCUCAUCUCAAUCCACACAAAUCGAAUGGCGCAGUGAAGUUGCUGAGGAAGCUGCUCCAGGACUGGCUUCCCUGGAAGGCCUCGGUUGACACUUGACACCAGCAACUCAACCAUUCUCCCUGUGUCAUCACCAGCAACAGGAAGAUGGGGUCGUUAGAUGCCACACGAGCUGAGCUCGGCCUCGUUGUUCUGUACCUGAACAAAGCCGAGGCUAGGGACAAGAUCUGCAGGGCGAUUCAGUACGGCUCAAAGUUCAUAAGCAACGGGCAGCCCGGCACCGCGCAGGAUGUCGAUAGAUCCACCACCUUAGCUCGAAAAGUUUUCCGUCUCCUCAAGUGGGUCAAUGAUCUUCAUGCUCUUAUCAGCCCACCUGCUAAAGGGGCUCCUCUCACACUGGUCCUGCUUGGCAAGUCUAAAAAUGCACUGCUUUCGACGUUCUUAUUCCUGGAUCAAAUUGUGUGGUUAGGACGAACAGGAAUUAUCAAGAACAAGGAGGCGACGGACCGGGUUGCCAGGAUAUCCCUGUACUGUUGGAUGGCUUCUUCUGCCUGUGUUAGUCUAGUCGAGCUUGGAGAGCUUAAGAGGCUAUCGAAAUCAAUGAGGAAGCUUGCAAGAGAGCUGAGGCACACUGAUAAAUACGAGAACGAACAGUACCAGAACAAAAUGAAGCAGUCGGAUGAGCGGCUGCUGGCCCUGGUGAAGGCGGCCAUGGACGUGGUCGUGGCCAUCGGGCUUCUUCAGCUGGCACCCAAGAAGGUGACUCCCAGAGUGACGGGAGCUCUCGGAUUCGUCACCUCGCUCAUCUCCUGCUAUCAGCAACUCCCUUCCCGCGCCCCCGUGGCCAAAGUCAAGGCAUGAGAUGGGUCGCUCGAAAUUGAGCUGUACUUCAGCAUGGACCGCACGAUAAUUUCGGCUAGUCUGAUUUCAGCUGAUUUAAUAAUGGUCUGUGCGAAAGAAUAAGCUGGAAAUAGACAAACAGAGCAGAAGAGAGGGAAUAAUGUACAGUAGUAUAUGUGUGCCGGUGCAGAAUGCAUGGGUUGGCACCUAUGCUUUCAUGCGGUACUCUUUUUUUGAUUGCCUAGUAAUGGACGUGGUUACGUCUUGUAUGUUCACACGUGGCUCCUACCUGUGCCACCGUGGAUAAUAUUCUUCUUUUAGUGUGUUGUACAAUGCUGGAAAGUGCAUGUCGCGACUGGCUAGCUAAUCGCACCUUGUCUUGGUCUCCUUGUCAUCAACGGGUACUGGCUGUGCUGUGGUUGGUACCGAUUUGUUGUAAAAAAAAUAUUAAUGGCUGACUGGUAUUGAUUUAGUAUGAGAAAAAAAUAUUAUUGGCUGAUUA